GGUGGCCGCCGGAAAGAACUUCUCGCAUGGGUCUACAACAGAGGAGAUCCAGGAAUACCAUCCCGACGGUCACCUUUGGCUUGCGGGCAAGCAUGGAGAGUGGCACAACCUGCGGCCCAGAGCGAGGUUUCUAGAGUACAUGAGAGGGCCGGGCUACGAGCCCACUUUCUGCAACGAGUCCAAGGCGCCCAUGCCGCGCUGCCUCACCUCGGAAGCUCAACGAAAGCAGAAAGACUACUCCCUGAUCCGAUUGUUCAGCAUACCUGAGGAGGAGAAAGGGCCGAAGUUCACGAACCAGGACGGCGAGACGGUCUUUGUGUACGAAGCACUGGAGGAGAUCCUGCAGAUCCUCGCUGGCAGCGCGCAAGAAGAUCCAGACUUGAAGUACCAGAUUAAUGGCAGCAGCUUGAUGGAGCUCAGGAACAGCUUCGUCAAAAUUCAGAAGGCGAUGAUGCAGGAUAUCAAAGAUGGCAACGCUUCCAGUCGUAUGCGGGGUACAGUGAUGGACCUCGAGGAUGGGAAGAACAUGGUCGGCCUCCUGCAGAACCAGGUCACAUCGACCAGCAAAGAGCUCAUGGCCUACAUUGAUGCUGUGGUGCAGAAUCGCUUCAAGCACGCGAGGUACCUGGAAGAGACGAAGACCAGGAACAACACCAUCCUUGAGACAAGGAAGAACUACGAAGAGAUCCUGCAGGAGCAAGUGGACACUAUGAAGAGGGUUGUCCGCGCUGCUCAGAAUUGUGACUGCCCGAGUCUGAUCACACUCGCUGCGGGUCAGCGGUCGGAGAAGAUAGCAUUCCUCCGGAUACGGCGAAUCAAGCAGCGGAAUCGCAAGCAGAAGCCAACGCCUGGCCAGAAGGCCAUCGACAUGAUGGGCAUGGAGGAGGCGGAGGUCAAAGUCCAGGAGUUGCGCGAGUCUUUCGUGCCAAGCCAGAGCUUCACCCUGGGACAACUGGAAUCCAAAGGUGUUCUGGUUCGCAUCCAUGACGGGAUCGCCUCCAAGACCAGGAAGCACAUCUGUUUCAACUUCAGGGCCGCCAAUGAAGGUUUCGACGUUCAGAUCUUCGUCCCGAAGGCCAAACUGAAAGAAGCAGAGGAUCGGAUCCUGAAGGAGCCG